UUCAUUGAUCAAAACUGUCAAGUGUCAGAUAUGUAACUAAUUACUGUUUUACAAUCACCACGAUUUCCAAAAAUUUAUUGCACAACAUUAUUUUUUUCAUUAUUGGUUAGGGCCGCCAUGUGAAGGAAGUGUUUGUAUUAACUUGUGCAGUUUAUAAAUAUAACCUACAAUGGCGUCGAAAACCGAAUUCGUUCGAAGUAGAAUCGUCAAAACAUACGAUUUAGAUGAAAUUGAGAAGUUGAUCAAAGAUGCUAAGGUUGCUCAUAUUAUGCUUACGGACCCACCACCAGUUGUGGAUGAAGAGAGUGUGAUGACCCGUCUGAGCGCCCUCACUCUACGUAGCUCGGACGGCAUGAGUUGUUCUUGCUGUGGCGUGGGACCGUUCACUAACAGAGCUCAGCAAACUGCCCACUACAAGCAUCACUGGCAUACACACAAUCUGAAACGUAAACUGUUUGGAAGGAAACCAAUCUCACUCGGAGAAUAUAAUUCCCGUCAAGAUGAAAGUUCCAACGUGUCAGCGAGUGACUCUGAGGGGGAAGACAAUCCCAACACAACAGCCACAGAGCUGUUCGCAGCCGCUACUCGGCACUGCAAAGCUUUUUACUCCAACCCUAAAGGGCAGGUGUUCUGUAUCUACCGCUGCUUGCUACAUCAUCGGAAGGAAGAGAUGUCACUUGACGGCGAAGGGCAUGUUUGGUCUCGCCGAGUCAAAGAACUCCUAAGCCCCGGCUUCGGCCGCUGGGCUGUCCUCAUGGUUUCAGGCGGUCAUUUCGCCGGCUGCAUCUUCACUGGAGGCAGUGAUGCCAUUCAUAAAACCCUUCACUCUUACACCACUCGGCGAGGUCAGGGAAUGGCACAAAGUACUAGAGACCAGACCGGCAAUGCUCCGAAGUCGGCCGGAGCUAGUUUGCGAAGAUAUAAUCAGGAGCAGUUCCUUGCGACAACCAAAGCGCCCCGGUAUUCUGGUCAAAUCUUGAGGCGCUUCAAGUACAGCAAAGAGGAUUUCCUGAUGCAUGUCCAAAACAUCUUAGUGGGCUGGAAUGACGACCUUAAAGGUUGUUCGUUGGUCUUCUACCGAGCAGUUGGAGCAGUCAACCAGGCUGCUAUCUUCGGCAAACCUUCGCCUCUGAGAAAGGAAGAUCCCAGAGUUCGACAGUUACCUUUUCCUACCAGGAAACCUACAUUCAAGGAGGUUAAGAGGGUGUUUCAAACUCUGGCCAGUAUUGAAGUUUAUGAUUCGCUACAAGACUUCCAGAAGGCUUUGCUUUCAUUGUCGGGCGGCAAAUUACCAGUUAAGACAAAUUCUGACGUUAGCAUCGCAGAGCGCGCGAAAAAGGCGCAGAAACCUCCAGCUAAGGUGUUUGACAGAGCUAAAUCGAGAGAGCGUGCCCCCCGCGAGUUACCAACACAAGUGACCUCCAGCGAAGACGAGGGUCCCUGCUACAUCGACUCCGAGACCCCAGCCGACUGGAUCAAGACCUUAUCCGAACAGAGUACCAAUGGGGUCAUCACCAACUCAAGAAAAGACCUUCUAAACGACUGCGUGGUACCCAGUUGUGUGGAAACGGACAGUGAGAGUGAAACCGUGGAGAAGAAAGAAAUGAAAAAGAAGAAGAAGACGAAAAAAGUAGAAGAUAAGACUUCGGUUACAUCGAUUAAGAAGGGACCGCCUAAGAUCCCAGCUAAUCUGAGAAAGAUGUGGAGAACAAUCAUGGAUAAAGACUACACGACACUGGACACGAUUAUAGAAAGUUGGGAGGGGGAUAUUCAAGCUGCUUGCAACAUUCAGGAUCCUAUUGAUGGCAACACUGCCUUGCAUAAAGCCGCGAUCGCUGCUAAGCCUGAGAUGGUCACUCAGAUCCUGUCAGCGGGCGGCGACCCGUGCAUCAAGAACCACGGCUUGCAGACGCCGUACGCCGCCACGCCGCACCAGGACACCAGGAUCGCCUUUCGUCUGUUUCAAGCGCAGCACCCUGAUAAAUAUAAUUAUUCUAAGUCCCAAAUCCCCGGGCCGGUGACAGCCGAGCAACUAGAGCAGGAGAAAGAGAAGAAAGCUCAACAGAAGAAGGCAAAGAGACAGCGGGAGAAAGAGAGACAGAUCGAUAAGUUGAAGGCUGCCAAGUUCCUACAGCUCCCUGAUGAAAAGAAGAAAAAAGUGCCAGAAGAGGAACAACGUUGUUUCCUUUGCGGCAACCAGCUACCCAAAGUGCCCUUCGAGUACGACGACUGUAAAUUCUGCCAAGUGCCUUGUCUGCACAGCCAUCGGAAGAUCAGGCCGCUAAACAUGAGCGUUUAAGUAUACGGCGGCCGGUAUACUAGCUACUUAAUAAGAUUCAUGAUGUUUGUGUCCAUUUUUGCCGACGUCACCCUUUUUUAGGAAGGUUUUUGCAAAUAAGGGGUUGAAAAUACAAAUAGUCGGUUUUGUAUCAUCAUUUCUUUAAAGUUGUCUUACAAACCCUAUGCUGGCCUUCCUAAAAUCCUGUGGUCUGGUUGUUUCUUUUGUAAAAUCUCUCUCGCAGAUUGAUAAAACUGCAGCUUGAUGGUAUUAUUAUGAAGGGGAUGUGGGUGAAAAUGGACGCAUGAUUAGGUGACAGAUUUGAGGACAGUAGUAAUAAAUCGAUUACAAUUUAGAUAUCUGUCAAUAGAGUUUACUAUUUUAUUACAAAAAUCUUAUAUAUUAUUUCUCUAUGAUCGUGUUUAAAAUAAAUAAUUUCACGUGGUUUGUGUAUAUUAUAUUUAAAUUCCGUUUUAUAGCAAAGUUAUUAGCUAUAUUUAAAAAUAUCGUCCUCAAUUUUUCACCUAGUUAACUCAUCGAAUCUUAAAACGGGAUUAUUUAUUGUAAUUUUUUAUCUUUGAAAGUGAACAAAAUAUAAUUUUGUAUUACUUUUUA